AUGGCUUAAUAAGAUAAAUAUCUAUUCUCAGAAACAUAAUGGCGAUUAAUUUCAGGAGCAAUAUCAGGAGCAGUUUCUCGAUCUUUCGUUGCUCCUAUAGAGAGAACUAUUAUUCUUAAGCAAACAAAUGUAUCCAAUUACUAAAGAAAAUCAUUGAUCAGAUGUCUUUAUAUAAUGUACACUUAAGAAGGAGCAAGAAGUAUGUUUAAAGGUAAUGGAGCAAAUUGCUUAAGAAUUGCUCCUUUUUAAGCAAUUGAGUUUUAUUUAUUUGACAUACUUAAAAAUACUUUUUAAUUUAAGAACUAAAAUGCUUAGAAUAUUUCAAUGUUAAUUUUUGGAGCAUUUUCAGGAGCUUUAGCAACAAUGACUGUUUAUCCUUUUGACUUAGUCAAAACAAUCUUAGCUGUAUAAACAAGUAAUCUAUUAUUAUUAAAUAGACUAGGAAUACAAGGGAAUUACUGAUUGUUUAAUUAAAAUAGUCUAAAGAAAAGGUCCAUUAUCAUUAUUUAAAGGAUUAUCUGCUACAUUAAUUGGUAUAUCACCUUACUCCAGUUUUAAACUAACCUUUUUCUAAAUCUUACGAUAAAAAUUGUCAUCUUUAUUGAGUUUUAUUAAUAAAGACACCUAAAAUCUUUUAUUUGGUGGUUUAGCAGGAUGUAUGGCAUUAAGCAUCACAUAUCCAACAGAUGUUAUAAGAAGACGAUUAUAGGUUUAGAUUUUAUAAGGUAUUUAUUAAUUUUAUAAUUACUAUAGGAAAUACACAUUCUAGUUAUUUAGAGACAAUGAAAUUAAUGUAUAAGGAAUAAGGGUUGAUUGUAUUUUAUAGAGGAUUAUUUUGUACUUAUGCUAAAGUAAUACCAGCUACAGCAAUUGCAUUCACAAUCAAUGAAAAAUUAAAAAGAAUUAGAGAUCUACAUUGA